UCAAGUCUAGAUAUCUCGAGUUGUGCCUCAGUUUGGGAAAGUGCUGCUCUGAAGGCAUGCAGUUUCGUCGUUUUACCGAGGAACAAAUUUAAGGAUUCUGCAUGACACAUUUACAGAAACUUCUGUGCCUUCGUACCUUGGAGUUUUGCAAACAUGGCUUACAAAACGGGAUUUGUCGCUCUGGCUCUUCUGAUUUUUUUCCAAGCGAAAGAGUGUGAUUGCGCAUCUAACGCAGGCGCAUCUCUGGAAGCAACGAACGUGAGACUGCCCACGUCUCUCAGCCCCGUCAGUUACGUACUGCGACUGCAGCCGCUGAUUAACGGCAACUUCACUAUUUUGGGAUAUGUUGAAAUUGUAUUUGGCGUAAUUGAAGCUACCAACAACAUCACUCUUCACAUCAAAGAUAUCAUCACUAAGAACGAUACGAUUCAGUUGUACUCGGGUGACAAGCCGAACGGUCAACCCAUCGCAAUCGUGGAGCACAGCUACGACGCAGACCGCGACUUCUACACCGCGACUCUGGCAGAGCCUCUGACAGCUGGCCGGCAGUACCUCCUCCUCAUGGAGUACGAAGGAUACCUCAACGAUCAGCUUGUCGGCUUUUAUCGCUCGCAGUACAAGAGGGAUGAUGGAAGUGAAGUUUGGGCGGCAGUGACUCAAUUUCAACCAACGGACGCGCGACGCGCAUUCCCGUGUUUCGACGAGCCCGCCUUCAAGGCUACGUUUGACAUCUCCAUCGCUAGGCAGACCAACAUGACUGCCAUCUCCAACAUGCCUCUCGUUGACACCACUCCCUUUGCUGAUGACGAAGAAUGGGUAUGGGAUCAUUUCGCCCCCAGCCUACCAAUGUCGACCUAUCUGGUAGCAUUUAUAGUCUCCGAUUAUGCCUCCGUAAAUUCUACGUACAAUGACCACGUUCUGUUCAAAGUUUGGGCACGAAAAGAGGCCAUCGACCAAACUUGGUACGCAAUUGCAGCUGGACCAGCAAUUCUGACCUGGUACGAGGAGUACUUCAGCAUCCCCUUCCCUCUGCCCAAACAAGACAUGGCAGCUCUACUAGACUUCUCGCUGGGUGGCAUGGAAAACUGGGGGCUUAUCACAUACAGGGAAACAGCUUUGUUGAUGGAUCCAGAACUGAACUCAGCCUCUGACCGAGAGCGCGUAGCCACGGUGGUGGCGCACGAGCUGGCUCACCAGUGGUUCGGAGACCUGGUCACCAUGGAGUGGUGGUCAGACUUGUGGCUCAACGAAGGAUUCGCCUCUUAUGUCGAAUAUUUGGGAACGGACUUUUAUGAACCAGACUGGAAGUACCUGGACACGUUCGUUAAAAGCGACGUCCAAUACGCAUUCGUACUGGAUUCACUUGAAUCUUCUCACCCAAUAAGCGUGGCAGUCGAGUCCCCGAACGACAUCAACCAAAUUUUCGACUCGAUCUCGUACUCUAAAGGGGCUUCCAUCAUCCGCAUGAUGAACAACUUCCUCACGGAAUCAACAUUCCGGUCUGGUAUCACCAAUUACCUGAACUUGAAUAAAUAUGGAAACGCGGCACAAGAUGACUUGUGGGAAGCUUUAACAGAGCAGGCUCACGCCGACGGAACUUUACCUCAAGAUUUGACUGUAAAAACCAUCAUGGAUACGUGGACCCUGCAAAUGGGAUACCCUGUGGUGAAUGCGUACAGAUCUGGUCAAGGGACUGUCAUCCUGUCUCAGAAACGCUUCCUGCUGGUCAAGAGUCCUAACUCAACGGACACGCACGACUACAAGUGGUGGGUGCCUGUUUCCUACACCACUCAGAGCUCACCGGACUUCUCGCAAACUCAGCCGACUUACUGGAUCCCAAACACCGAAGAAAGCAUCACUAUUGACGGCAUCCCUGAUGGCCAGUGGGUUGUCUUCAAUCUUCAAGAAACCGGAUACUACCGUGUAAAUUACGACAGCAAUAACUGGCAGCUGCUCGUCGACCAGUUAACUAGCAAUCUGAGUGUGAUCAACCUUGUCAGCAGAGCACAGCUCAUUGAUGAUUCUAUGGAUUUAGCGCGAGCAGGACAACUCCAGUACGACAUCGCCCUCGACCUUAACUCCUACUUGAUAAAAGAGUCCGAAUUCGUGCCGUGGGACGUAGCCUUGGAUAAUCUGGAGUACCUCGAGCAGAUGUUCACACGAAGAGGAGGCUAUGGACAGUUGAAGCAUUACUUGACGGACUUACUAGAACCACUCUACAACAGCGUCGGAUUUGAAGAUAAUACCAAUGAUCCACAACUGGAGCAAAAGAAACGCGUUCUUGCCGUUGACUGGGCUUGUCAUUUGGGGUACGGAGACUGCGUGAUGCGAUCUGUUCAGCUCUACAGUCAGUGGAUGGCAUCGCCUGAUGACCAGACCUUGAUCUCAGCCAAUCUUCGCUCGACCGUGUACUGCACCGCGAUCGCUCACGGCGGAGAGGCCGAGUGGAACUUCGCAUGGGAGCAAUACUUGGCCACCAACGUCGCCCGAGAAGAGGAACGCAUUCGUUAUGCACUGUCGUGCUCUCGUGAAGUCUGGAUCCUUUCCAAGUAUUUGGAUAUGGCGUUCACUGAAGGAAGUGGCAUAAGGAAGCAGGAUGCGGGACGAGUCUUUGAAAACAUCGCAUCCAACGACAUCGGGCGAGAUAUUGCUUGGGAGUAUCUGCAGAACAACGUUGAACACAUAGCUGGAUAUUUACAGACAUUCUCAGUAGUCGGUGACAUGGUGGCUGCUGUCUCCAACGAAUUCAAUACAGAACUUGAACUUCAAGAGCUUAUCUCAUUUAAAAAUGUUCACGUGGAUGAGCUGGCCUCAGCAACCUACGCCAUCGAUCAGAGCAUCGAGAACACGUCCAACAACAUCGCCUGGAUGGACAGCUACUACGACUACAUCGUCAACUGGCUCACAGGGAACGGAUAUCCACUGAUGUUAUGAAUUUAAUUCCAUGAUUAUACACCAGAUAAUGACAUCUAAAUGUGCAAAACUCGCUUCAUUUUCGUAUCAAUGUAGCGAAAGCAAUUGAAGAUUGAAGAUUUUUCGGUUUCUAAAAUUUUAGUAGUUAAUUAUUCGCAACCAAAAACUUUGUUACAGCUAAAUAAAUGAACGUAUGAAAUAGCUAUUGAAGUGAAUAACACAUUGAUUGUUGGAUUUAUAUGCACCGACACAGUUGAAAUGACAGUUACACGGUACUGAGCCUCGUUGCUGUUUCUUGCAGCAAUCACCCAGGCGUCUACACAUAGUAGAGGUUUAAUACAGACUGUUAGGUCCAACACAGGACAGUCUAAGACAGUAGGUCCAAAAUCCGUAGUGAGCCCAAUAUGUCACCUAUCCUAC